GUCCGUCCGGUAACCGGUCCGGGUCCGUCCAGUAAAUGGGUCCGGGUCCUGCAGGCGAGGCAAGGGCGGGCUCUGUGAGGACCCAUCGCAUUGUGACCGGGAGACAGGCCCGGGACCAGUUGCAGGCAGAGGGCUGUCGGUGAGAACACGCUGUGAGCAUGAAGAACAAAAGCCCCAUGAUAGAUGCACGACUGAAGCACCGAGUGAAACAGUACCUCAGCAACAGCAGCAGUCAGUAUGUGGACCUCGCGUUUCUGGCCUCUGACCUCCAGCGACAGUACAGCAUGGACUACGGCCGCAGGAAGAAGAAUGCCUUCCGGAUGCAGGUGGAGAAGGUGUACCGACUGAUCAGCAGUGAGGUUCUGGAUUUUGAGGAGGAACAUCUGGCCAAGCGAGCACGUCCCAGCUGUGACGAAGAUGGAGCGGAGCUAAUCACAGUGUUCUCAGACAGCGAGGACUUUCCUGAAUAUCCGCCGACCAACCUCAUGAACUCUUCACUGCUGAGUCUUUACCGGAGAGCGGAGCCGGAGGUCAACCCCGGGGUGGGGGGUAGAGUGUCGGCGGGCUCCAACAGCCCACGGACGGCCACCCCGCCCGUGGCCGGUGGGUCGGCAAGGUCCCCGUCCACCGUGGAGGCCUCACCGGGCGGCUGGUUCAUUGACCGUGCACCAGGGAACGCUCUCACCAACGAGGAUCCUGCACCCAGCUUGCAGCGAGCGGACAUGUCAGGGCUGGAGCCGGAGCCGGAGCCGAGGAGGAGGAGGAGCGGGCGGAGGAGCCGGCACCGGGGGCUGGAUGUUGCGGGGCCUGCGGACAGGGCUAUCGAGGGCUCCCUGCUGGAGAGGGCAGCUUCGAAGCGGAGCUUUGUGAUCCAGUACUCGUCCCUGAGGUUUGAGGAUGUCGGUGGGAGCGACAAGACCCUGAAGGACGUGUGCUGGCUCCUGGUUCACCUGCGGCACCCAGAGGUUUACGAGCAGCUGGGGGUGCACCCGCCCCGUGGCUUCCUGCUGCACGGGCCGCCGGGAUGCGGCAAGACUCUGCUGGCACAGGCCAUCGCCGGGGAGUUGCAGUUUCCGCUGCUGAAGUUGGCGGCCACAGAGCUGGUGUCCGGCGUCUCCGGAGAGUCCGAGCAGAAGCUGCGGGGCCUGUUUGAAGAGGCCGUGCUCCAGGCUCCCUGCGUUGUGUUCAUCGAUGAGAUUGACGCCAUCUGCCCCAAGCGCGAGGUUGCCUCCAAGGACAUGGAGCGUCGCAUCGUGGCCCAGCUGCUCGCCUGCCUGGAUGAUCUGAACACCCUGGCCGUCUCCAAGCCGGUCGUGGUCAUCGGAGCCACCAACAGACCCGACUCCCUGGACCCUGCCCUGCGCCGAGCCGGACGCUUCGACCGCGAGAUCUGCCUCGGCAUUCCCAGCCAGGACGCCCGGCAACAGAUCCUGCGGACACUGUGCCGGAAGCUGAGGCUGCCGGAGACGUUUGACUUUGAGGAGCUGGCGCGGCUGACCCCGGGGUACGUGGGCGCCGACCUGAUGGCCCUGUGCCGCGAGGCGGCCAUGAGUGCCGUCACCCGCAUCCUGCUCCAGCGGCAGGAGGAGUGCCUGCCACCGGGACCCUCCGGAGAGCCCGGCCCAGCACCACAGCUGGACACCGACCUGGAUGAGCUGAGGAGACUGCGUGCGGCACUCAGCAACCCGACCCCCGUGCCCGACAAAGACCUGCAGGAGCUGUGCGUGGAGAUGUCCGACUUCACCGGCUCCCUCUCCUCGGUGCAGCCCUCCGCCAAGCGGGAGGGGUUUGCCACCGUGCCGGACGUGACGUGGGCCGACAUCGGAGCGCUGGAGGAGAUCCGGGAGGAGCUCACCAUGGCCAUCCUGGCUCCGCUCCGCCAUCCACACCAUUUCCGGGUGCUGGGGCUGACCAGCCCAGCCGGCGUGCUGUUGGCAGGGCCACCGGGCUGCGGGAAGACGCUGUUGGCCAAGGCUGUGGCCAACGAGUCCGGGCUGAACUUCAUCUCGGUAAAGGGGCCGGAGCUGCUCAACAUGUACGUGGGGGAGAGUGAGCGGGCGGUGCGACAGGUCUUCCAGCGAGCUCGCAACUCCGCCCCCUGCGUCAUCUUCUUCGACGAGAUCGACUCCCUGUGUCCACGGCGCUCCGAGCACGAGUCAGGAUCCAGCGUGCGGGUGGUGAACCAGCUGCUGACGGAGAUGGAUGGGCUGGAGGCCAGGAAGCAGGUCUUCAUCAUGGCUGCCACUAACAGACCAGACAUCAUCGACCGCGCCGUGCUGCGCCCUGGUCGUUUGGACAAGACGCUGUACGUGGGAUUGCCACCGGCCGCUGAUCGCAUCGCCAUCCUGCUCACCCUGACCAAGGGCGGGAGCCGGCCUCCCAUGGACCCUGACGUGGAUCUGCGCGCCAUCGCCUACGACACGCGGUGUGACUGCUUCACGGGCGCGGACCUGUCAGCGUUAGUGCGCGAAGCCUCCGUCGCUGCGCUGAGACAGCAGCUGGCGGCACCACAGCCAGCCUCCUGCUCGGAACUGCGAGUAGCACGCCAGCACUUCGAAACAGCUUUCGAGAAAGUCAGACCUUCGGUCUCCAAAAAGGAUCAGCUGAUGUACGAGCGUCUGCAACAGUCCCUCACUCGUUGAAAGGAUCUGGAGAUGGCCGGUAGCAGACUCUACUCUGGGGGUCCUGCUACAGCUCUCCCUUGCCUGGUGUCGCCCCUCCUAGAUUAACCUGCGCAGAAAAUGGCUGAUACAUCUGUGGACUUGCUGUGAGAUGAGAGCCACAAGAAUGCCACUGCCAAAGAAAACUAACUCUCCCCCCCCCCAGCUGAGUAAUAACACUGGGAUCCGAUGGCCUGCAGUUAGCUGGGGGAAGGAGAGAAAUUUGAAUCUUGUUUUUCAAUGGAAGUGUCUGAACUACUUCGUACCUUAAAGGCACAAAAUCAGGAGGAAAUAGUGGACUUUUGUAAUUAAGGGGGCAAUUGGAUGAAUUAAUACUUUGUCACAUGUGACAAGUCACAGUGAAAUUCUUUGCCUGCAUACGCAUAAAUUUGGGGUGGGGUAUCGGGAGCAAGUUGGUGCAUGAGAGGAACUGUGAUGGGUAUUCUGCCACUCUCAGGGUGGCAUAGAAGGUGUAAGGGGACAGAGGGUCCUCUGUGUUCCUUGUCAUUCAGUGCAACAUAGCCGCCCUGCUGCAAUCAGACCCUCCAACUGCACUCACUCCCACUCUGGGGAGCUUGCAGAGUUUCAGUGGAGAGAUCUCUUCAGCACCGUGCUCUGUGGGCUGCUGAGGGUGUGCAAGUCCUCACAGCUCAGCUCCAGCACGUAUGUAAAAUGGCAGAAGUUGCAGUGCUCCACCCAGAAUGUACCGUAGAUGCUGCCACCAUCUGCCCGAGCUUGCCAUACAAUGUAGAGAUCGGCUCUGAACGACUUCAUUCCCUGCAGUUUGCUGCUGAUCAGCCCUAGGCACAGGUGCAGUGUUGCCGGCUCGGGAUUACCUUGUAUUGACAAAGCCCCAGCUGUUGAUAAAAGUGCUGUUUUAAUUUUG